AUGGGGCCUCGGGCUCCACGACCUUAUUUAAAGCUGCGAUGUACCCAGGCUGUAUUCGGCGACACCCUGCGCCUCCCGCGCACUCUGCACCCUGCGGUUCCCCGGGUGUUCUGUCUCUCGGGGCACGGCGACGAAAGCCUCAGAACUGUUGACGGUGCUGGCACCGUCUGUGUUGCCUCUCCUGGUAAAAUUCGCGCUACACUUCCUGUGUUGAAGUUUAAUUGCUGUUGCUCCUGGACUGCCAAGAUAGCCUUUCUGGAGUUAGGUUGGAGGAGCUGUUUAAAGGGAGGAGGUAAGCAAGUGUUCAGUCGAGUAUUAUGGUAUGCCUUGGCAGCAGCAGCCCCUGAGCAAAGGGAGAUGGCCUUGUUACACUGUGCUAUGAAGAAUAUGAGCUACUUAAAUAAUUGCACCCAUUUCAUUGUCAUCUGGUGUUUCAAUUAUGAUUUCAACCUGCAAGAAUUCACGCUACAGGAGUUUUUUUCAGGAAUGAAUUAA